UCAAAGAGUCUUGCACGCUCAUGUCCCGCAGAAUCAGAGACGCGACAGAAGCCGAUAAGAAGCGUUGUUUUAUCAACUCUCCUUUUGAAAGUAGCCGUGGGAUAAAAAAAAGCAUUUUAUCAUAUCAGUUUUUCUCUUACGUUGGACGCGUAUUUGGAUAUAUCCCGCGUGACAGAACGCGGUAUUGUCAGUUGUCCCAACCGAAAUCGAGGAGUUUAUUCACUCGGAUCAGCUCGUUUCCUGCGACUAGACAGUCUCCAUCUGUCCCAUUUGCACGACAGGACGGUGAACAUCACUGGACUUUUACGGAUAGAAACUGGACGACACGCCGUGAUUUGAAUGCCUUUGCAGGGACUUGGCUGGCUUGUGUGCUGCAGACAAGGCUUCAGUUUGCUGGCUCGGGAUCAUGGGGAGAAAGAGGAGGAAGAGUCUUUUGAGUUACGCAAUCCGGACGAGCACACACACACGGGACGGGGGCAACUAGAGGUCACUCUGUCUCAGCCCACUUGCACAGCCAACGGCACACCCUGUCUGUCAGGAGUUCCUGAGGAGAAGAGAAGUCUCAUCACACAGAAGAGCAAGAUGACAAUGGAUGAAGACCCUGAGGUGCUUGUGAAGGGCUGGCUCCUGCGGGAGGUGCAGGGAGGUUGGCUCCGGCAGAGGAGGUUCUGGUUUGUGUUGACAACAGACUCUCUUGACUACUACAGCGGCCCGGAGAGUGAUGCUCGCAGACUGGGCACGCUAGUACUCACAUCCCUCUGUUCAGUGCUGUGGCCGGAUAAACACACCUACAAACAGACAGGUUACUGGAGUCUGACAGUGUAUGGCCGCAAACAUUGCUACAGACUCUUCACAAAGCACUACAAUGAGGCGGUGCACUGGGCGUGUGCUGUACAGAAAGUCAUAGACAGCAAAGCGCCGGUUGAGACGCCAACACUGCUCCUCAUACGAGACAUUGAGGAGAAUAAAUUCAAUCCAGAAAUUGUAGAACACAUCUAUGAACAUAAUCCCAUCCUGAGGUACACGCAGAGCCCCCUUUACGCCCCACUGCUGCCUUUCCCCUAUGGCAGCCUCCACCACCCACAUAUGGCAGGUAAAGGCUACACAUCCAUCCGUGAAGAGGCGGUGAGGCUUUUUAACUGCCUCCAGCAGUUGGAGUUGGCCCGUGAGCCCGUUCCUCUCAUACAGGGGAUCCUCCAGACCUGCCUCGACCUCCGGCCACUCCGAGAUGAACUCUACUGCCAGCUUAUCAAACAGACCAGCGUUACCAACUUACGUCUCCAGACGCAGACACAGACACAGCCGAAUCCGCAGCUCCGAUACUGGCAGCUGCUCACCUGCAUGAGCUGCACCUUCCUGCCCAGCUGCAGCAUACUCCGAUACCUACGCUUUCACCUGAAGAGGGUUCAGAGUUUGAGUGUGGACUCGGAGGUGGAGAGCUACGCAUCUUUCAUAGCCCAGGCUCUGGAGAAGACGCGCGGCCGUGAGUGUGUGCCCUCGUGGGAGGAGAUCCAGGGGCUGAUGGGAAGGCAGGAGAUACUGUGUACUGUGCACUACCCUGGACCGGGCUGCUGCCAGAUACCGAUCACCUCGCACACCACGGCUAAUGAGGUCGUGAGGAAGAUGGCGGAACGCCUUGGGCUGCAGGACAGCCGAAACACAUUUGCUCUUUUUGAGCAUAACUCGUGCUGGGAAAAAGCUAUCGGAGGCAGCACCAUAAUCGCAGAUGUCAUCACCAGAUUUGAAAAUUUGUCAGCUAAAGAUCCAGACUCUGACUGCCAGUGCCGACUCUGCUUUAAACUGUAUUGUCUCCUGGACACCGACAACAUCAGUACAGACAGCAUUGAGUACCUCUUCCUGUAUGAGCAGUGUCAUGAGAUGGUGGUGCGGGGGCAGCUGCCAGCCUGUGAGGACGACCUUCUUUCCCUGGCAGCGUUGAGACUGCAGUGUCUACUGGGAGAUUUCAGCGCGCUCUCACCGUACCCACCCUUGGAGCAGCUCUUUCCAGCUGAAGUGGUGGAGGCCAGGGCCCUACUGACCCCUGUCGAUCCCCCUGGCUGUCCUUCAUUCCCCGGGGGUCUGCUGGCUGGGACGCUGUGGGGACACAAGCGGCGUCAGGAACAGGACCAAAGACUGCGGGCCAGACUAAGGGAAGAGGGAGCCGUGGUGAUGUCGGCCAUUUUGGAGCGCUGGAAAGCCCUGGCGGGAUACAGUCGCAGAGACAGCAUGGCCGCCUAUCUCACCAUCGCCCGGCAGUGGUCGGGGUUUGGCUGCACGCUCUAUGAAGUGGACUUUUACAUCAGCUCGACAGGAAGCUUCUCUCAGAAGUUGUGGCUGGGCGUGGCGGCUUCCUGUGUGUCUCUGUAUCGUCAGGGUGAGGCUGAAGCGUUGGAGUCUCUGCCGAUUGGUCAGAUCUGUUCCUAUGGCGUCUCUGAUAGCAACACAUUCAGGAUCACUGCAGGAGACAGAGAUCUGCUCUUUGAGACCUCCAAGGUAAGCGUGCAACAUAGCCGUUAUAUCAGCAAUAUCCCUAACUGGUGUCAUAACGACAGCAAUAAAGUGACUAAAACUAAAAUACAAAGAAGCUAAAUAGAAAUAUAUAUUUUUAAAAGUAAUUAA